GACAGAAAGGGAGAGAUAGAGCAGCUGGAGCGCUUCACUAUGGACCAGCACGGCCGCUGCGCUCUCUGACCGAUCGUCUUCACUCUCAUUUUGCUUGGACAACUCUCCAAACACACAGGUUAUGCCACCCCACAGGCUGACUGGAAAUCCAGCCGUGAAAGAGAAGGGCUGAUCCCGGACCCCCCCGUGUUCCCGCAGCUGCGCCCCUCCCUGUCCCCAUGGCGACAGGAGGCCAUGCCCCCGAGACAGAUGUGUUGAUCAACCUGCAUCAGGUUUUGUCGGAAGAAGAAAAGGGCUCCACAGCAGGACAAGAUGAUGAGGAAUGGGAGAAGGCCUUGUCUGUGGAGAGGUUUGGGGACAUCAUUACUGAGUCUGCCAUCAAUGGCGCAGACAAAAUGGGCCGCAGCUACAAUGAGAAAGACUUUGAGUAUCACCGGCAUACGUUCCACCACACCCACCACCCUCUGUCCACCCACCUUCCCCCGCAGCGUUUCCGCAAGAGGGUGCUCAGUAUGGACCGCCGGCGAAAGAAAAAGAGGAAGAAAAAGAAGACCUCCAUGCCCCCGUCAGAUGUCACGCCCACUAUUCAUGAAGUGGAUGAGGAGGAGGCGGAGUCUGAGACGGAGGGACAGUGCCAAGCAGCCACACCUACUGAGCCAUCAGAAGAGCUGCCACAGCUCAGUUUGGGAAGUGAGGAGGAUCUGGCGGCCGAUCUCCCUCUCACCAGCUUCCAUAUGGAGAGUGAGAGACCCCCGAGCAGUGAAGAGACCCCACCCAGCCCAGUCGGAAUGGAGGAGCAGGAGGAAACACAAGAACGACCACAUGGAGAAGAGGAGAAAGAGGUUUCUAACAGGUUUAGCCUAUCUCCAGAACCUGCCAGUUUGACAACACGAGGCUGGUUUCGCAGGAAGCCCGUCCACCGGCUGGCUGGAGCCCAGCGGACCAGCUAUGACCUACGAGAACGCAUCUGUAUAGGCAGCAUGACAGCCAUAGAGACAGCGGUGUACCAGAAAGUACCUACAGAUGAGGCGGAGGCUCAGAUGCUCGCCAGUGCUGACCUGGAUGACAUGAAAAGUCAUCGUUUUGAGGACAAUCCUGGGGUUAGACGUCACCUGGUCAAAAAAUCAUCACGCUGUCAAGUACCACGAACCAGCAAUAGCUCACCUCCUCUGUCCAGCCUGAAGAGGAGGAAGAGGACAGACAAGAAAACUCAUGAGGUGUUUGUGGAGCUCAAUGAGCUGAUAGUGGAUAAAAACCAGGAGAUGCGCUGGAAAGAGACGGCACGUUGGAUCAAGUUUGAGGAAGAUGUGGAGGAGGAGACGGAUCGCUGGGGUAAACCGCAUGUGGCCUCGCUGUCCUUCCGUAGCCUGCUGGAGCUCCGCAGGACCAUCACACAUGGUGCCAUAAUGCUAGAUCUGGAUCAAACCACACUGCCUGGCAUCGCCCACUUGCUGGUGGAAACCAUGAUAAUCUCGGACCAGAUCAGAGCCGAAGACCGAGCCAACGUGCUGCGAGCCCUGCUGCUCAAACACAGUCACCCCAAUGAUGAGAAAGAAGGCCUUUUCCAUCGGAACCACUCUGUCACCAGUCUGGGUGGCUUCCGUCACAACCACAAUCAUGUUCACGACACCAGCCUGCCCCUGGUGUCCCAGGACCACGAGGAGAUGCACGACAGCAAAGUGGCAGAACAUGACAAAGAGAAAAACCUCCACCCUGUCCCAGCUGAGGGACACGCUGCCGCCAGAUCUAUGAAACUCCUGGCAAAGAUUCCCAAGGAUGCCGAGGCCACUGUGGUCUUAGUGGGGUGCGUGGAGUUCCUAGAGAAGCCCGCGAUGGCCUUUGUCCGCCUGAACGAGGCUGUGCUGCUGGAGUCCGUUCUGGAAGUCCCCGUCCCGGUUCGAUUCAUCUUUGUGCUGCUGGGCCCCACGCAGACCAACAUGGACUAUCAUGAGAUUGGACGCUCCUUCUCCACCCUCAUGUCUGAUAAGAACUUCCAUGAGGUAGCGUACUUUGCUGAUGAUCGACAGGACCUGCUUAACGGCAUCAAUGAGUUCUUAGACUGCAGUAUUGUAAUCCCACCAUCAGACGUUGAGGGAAAAGACCUGCUGAAGACCGUAGCCUCCUUCCAGAAACAGAUGCUACGCAAGCGCAAGGAGAGGGAGCUCAAAAAAUGUGGCAGUAUUGUGACGGGAGCUGAGCAGGAGACCAAAGGUGGAAUACUUGCUGCAUUUGUAAUGACAUUUUCAAGUUUGUCCGUUCUGUUCAUGCUGACCUGUUUUGUUUGUGUUGUAGAUGUGAGUACGGAUGAACAGGAGGAGGAGGAUCAGUUUGAUGUCGAUCCUCUCAAACGCUCUGGCAUUCCCUUUGGAGGUCUGAUCCACGAUAUUCGUCGCCGUUAUCCACGCUAUAUAAGCGACCUGAAGGACGCCAUGGACACACAAUGUAUUGCUGCUGUCAUUUUCAUUUAUUUUGCUGCUCUUUCGCCCACUAUCACCUUUGGAGGUUUAUUAGGCGAGAAGACACAAGGCAUGAUGGGAGUCUCUGAGCUCAUCAUCUCCACAGCGACAGUGGGAGUGCUGUUCUCCCUGCUAGCAGGACAGCCUUUGCUCAUAAUUGGCUUCUCUGGACCACUUUUGGUCUUUGAGGAGGCUUUUUAUAAGUUCUGCCAGGCGCAGGGCUUCGAAUAUCUCACAGGCCGAGUGUGGAUCGGGUUCUGGCUCAUCUUCAUUGUCCUAGUGAUAGUGGCAGCUGAGGGAAGCUUCCUUGUGCGCUACAUCUCCCCAUUUACGCAGGAAAUCUUUGCAUUUCUCAUCUCUCUCAUCUUCAUCUGUGAGACCUUCUCUAAGCUAAUUAAGGUGUUUCAAGAGCACCCUCUGAUGAAGAGCUACCCUACAGCUCCUGUACUGCCUGCCUUCCAACCCAUAGACCCUCCAGGGCAUAGUGUGAUUGGGGAACCAAUACUCAACCAGCCCAACACAGCCCUAUUGUCCUUAGUGCUCAUGAUGGGAACCUUCUUUGUGGCCUUCUUUCUGCGAAAAUUUCGUAACAGCAGAUUCCUUGGUGGAAAGGCCAGACGAAUCAUUGGUGAUUUUGGGAUUCCUAUCUCUAUACUCAUCUCAGUGCUGGUGGACUGCACCAUCCCUGAUACAUACACACAGAAGCUGAACGUCCCCUCUGGUUUCUCAGUCACAUCUCCAGACAAACGGAACUGGUUUAUCAGCCCCUUUGGAGAUAAACAGCCUUUCCCUAUUUGGAUGAUGGGAGCCUCAGUGGUCCCGGCCCUGCUGGUUUUUAUCCUCAUAUUCAUGGAGACUCAAAUCACCACCUUGAUAGUGAGCAAGAAGGAGCGGCGUUUGGUCAAGGGUUCUGGCUUUCAUCUCGACCUGCUUCUGAUAGUGAUUUUAGGAGCUAUCUGCCCGCUCUUCGGUCUGCCCUGGCUGACUGCCGCCACUGUGCGAUCGGUGACUCACGUGAAUGCACUGACAGUCAUGAGCAAAGCCACUGCCCCUGGAGAGAAGCCCAUGAUCCAAGAAGUUAAAGAGCAGAGGGUCACAGGGAUGUGUGUGGCUAUCCUAGUGGGGUUGUCUAUAGUGAUGACAGAUGUUCUGCGUCAUAUUCCUCUGGCUGUGCUGUUUGGAAUAUUUCUGUACAUGGGCAUCACGUCUCUUACUGGUAUCCAGCUUUAUGAGCGAAUCACACUCAUGGUCACACCUGCUAAACAUCACCCUGACCACAUCUACGUUACCAAGGUGAAGACAUGGCGUAUGAACAUGUUCACCAUCAUUCAGUUGUUGUGUAUUGCCCUGCUGUGGGUGGUCAAGUCGACCGUAGCCUCGCUGGCCUUUCCCUUCAUCCUAAUUAUGACCGUACCUCUGCGUAGACUCAUCCUGACCAGGAUCUUUGAGGAGAGAGAGCUUGCAGCGUUGGAUGCUGAUGAGGAUUCGCCCAAUUUUGAUGAAGACGGACGGGAUGAAUACAACGAGAUCCACAUGCUUGUCUAGACGCAGGUCACAUGGCUCAUCUCUUCACUGACCAAUCCAAUACAGGUCUCUGGAUAACGGGAAAGAUGUACGGAAUCGGAUGAACUCUGAUGCACUGCCCUCUUUCAGAAUUAUUUCACGUGUACUUUGAAUUAUAAAAAGAAUCACAGAUCAUGUUUUGGAUAUUAUUAUUAUUUUUCCUUUUUUUUCCUCCGAAAAAGUGGCCUACAUGUUUGUCUGCUGCUGCCCAGUGACCUUUGAAUAUAUGAUUAGAUAUGACCCGUGCACCUUAGACCUCCCAAAGUGCAAUGAUGGUGAGACUAAUCCAAUAGAUUGGUUCUUACACCCCAAUCCCAGUUCACCCCAUCCGAAUGCACUGCACCCAUGCGGACCAGACCUACUGCCUGUAGAUCUUAGUUGCCUUGUACUGUACUGUAGGCGUUGACCACAGGGUUUGAAUAUUAUAGUAGCACGACCUCUCAGUGCCCUUAGAGUGGUCAGUUCCUUUGCUGUGCAGUCCUGUUGCUUGAAAACUGUAGUGCAGUCCCUUUAGACGUACUUUAUGCAGUAGUGAUUACUUUGAUCGAUGUUAUGCAGUAGUUACAAUACAUUUAAGGGUGCUUUAAGUAAUUUUUUUAAUGGAAUAGCAUGGAGAAAAUGACACUUCCUGACAGAUAUCACUCUCAGCCUGUCAGUCAUUUUGAAUUCAGUGACUUGUGGGAGUUAGCAAAACGGCUAACAUUGCUUACAGCACCUUUAAUGGAGAAAAAAGUUAUUUAGCUCUCCGAAUAUGAUUUCCCUUCCAAACAGAUUCACUGCUAAAAUUUAAUUUAAUUUAAUUUAAUUUAAUUUAAUUUAAUUUAAUUUUAAUUUUAUUUUAUUUUAUUUUAUUUUAUUUUAUUUUAUUUUAUUUUAUUUUAUUUUCAUCAGAAGUUAUUUAGCUCUCAGAAACAUGAUUUUCUUUCCAAACGGGUUCAUAUUUUAUUUCGAUUUUUUAAAUCAAGUAAUUUGUAUUCAUUAAUUUUCAUCUAUUGUUUUGGUUUGUCUUGAAGGUUCCCAAAAAAAAUCCUUUUUAUUUUCUUUGAGCAGCUCAGUUGUUCUUGCUACAUAUAAAUUUAGCAUUUAGUAUUAACAUAGGAUUUAUUGCCCAUGUUGUUGUUAUAAAUAUUAGUGCGUUUGUGUGCGCGUUUUCAAUAUUACCCUUUUCAAAGCACUAAUUCCAUUCCUUAUGCUGUUAUACUGCAGUGUAUUCGGGAACAGUUUCACUGGAAUAGGUUAAAGCCAUAAAAAAUUGAAUUUCGUUGAUUGCAUACAGUAAAUGCUAACUUUUUUGAAUCAAUGCUAUUCCAAAGGCUGUCAGACUGCCAGUGUGUAUGGAUGCAUUUAUCGCUACAGUUUAGACAGUUUUUGGCUUCGAUGAAACAUGCUGCCAAAUUGUUAGCCAGGUUCAUGGAGGGUAGCGACAAACUUUAAAUAUUUUGAAAGGAAGCACAUUCACUAAGCCAACAGAUCCACAUUUCCCUUGCCUUUAAAGACUUUAAAGGUGAUGUGUGUAUUUUCUCUGUUAAAAUACUUUUUUCCAUAUGCAACAACAUUAAAACAUUGCUCUAUUUGUUUGAGCACCAUAAUCAACCCCGACACGAUCAGCCAAUGAGCUGAGUUUGGGGCGGGACUAGUUUGGGGAGGAAUUUUCAAGUAACCUGUUUGCAAUUCCAUUUGGUGAAAAAAAAAGAAAUAACACACUUCACCUUCAACAUCUUCAUCUUUAUCCCUUCGUGAAAUUUCCUCUGAACAGAAAAGCCUCAUACAAACCUGAAAACAGGCAGAAUUGUUCCAUUACACUCAUGUUUUGAGUUCGGACAAUUGCCUUUAGAGAAAGCUGCCCUUUGGACUGUAAAUAUCGUGCCUCCAUGCGUGUAUUGAAUUUGUUUGUGCGUAAUACAGACUUCUAGGCCUAGUCACGCUAGACUAGCUCAUUUCAUCACAAACACAUAUUCAACAUGUGUUUCUUUUUGCUCGUCGUUUCCCCAGUUUUUAGUGUGAAAACAAGAGGAAAUUGUGCAAUAAAGAAAUAUCUGUCAUGCAGUGCUGUGCUACUCUGAAUAGAUGUUUAGUUUCUUGGAAAGCACAAGCCUAAGUGCUGCUCUCAAGCCUGAGAGCAGUAAGUGGAGAUCUGUGGUUGUGAAUGGCAGGUCUUUGAAGCACUUAAUGUGAAGCCACACAUCAAGACGUGUUUUACCACGUAACCUUAGUUGAGCCAUCGGAUAGCUCUGUACGAACGCCAAAAGGGUAGAACGUUGGUUUUUUUUUUUUUUUCCCUCAGCAUUUAUCAAUAGGGAUGUAGCUGAGAGAUGAAAUUGGAUGAGGACAAGCUGGCUGUAAGCUGUAGAAUCGGAUUCCCACUGUGUGAAGCCUUUGGCAGGCUCAUCGAACGGUAAGCAACAGAUCUUAGCUUUAGCAACAAAUCUUAGCUUUCCAAAGGCAAAUGUUAUUGCUCAGAUGUGGCUACUUUCACAACUCAGGAUAUUUGUUGGAGUUCUCAGUAAGGUUUCACAUAAUGUAAAUGGAAAAAAAUGUCCUUUGGAUUUGACUGAUUAAACAGGAUUGGGAAAAGUGAGCGUUAAAUGGCAAAUUGGUGACAGCUGGGAAAGGGGCGGGGCUAAUAUAUAUGAGUGAUAGUGAUGUCAGCCAAAUGGAAAGCUGUUUCAGAGGCAGAGUUGGUUGUUACACUUUUUUAUGUUUUGUUUUGUUGGAGUAAAAUGUGCACAGAGGCCAGGACUAUGCAUUAAUGAAGUAAUAGGAUAAAUUUUGACUUCAUGAAAUUGACCCUAGACAGGGAGUUUGACUGACAGGCGAUCUGACCAAUCAUAACACUCAAACUGGUAUUUUUGUCUGGUAAACAAACCAGACUGGAGUAGAUUGACAUUGGUUUCCUUGAACUUGAAAAAUGGUGCACUGUAAAAAAAUGACCAUGAUUUUACUGGUAAAACACUGUAAAAUGCUACAGUAAAAACCUAUCAAAUAGUUAAUGGUAAGUUCCCCUACUAUAUACGGUGGAAAAACUGUAUUGGACACUACAUGUAAUUUUGCUGUAGUAUACCGUUUUUAGAAGUGGAAAAAGAAUGCAUAAUUUACAGUGAAUAACCAUAACUUGACGUUCCCAGAAUUCCCUGCAUUAUUUCACAUUUGAUGUUUUUUCGUUGAAACAACUAUGUCUCUUCUUAGUUUUUCUAGUGUUACCACAAUGGUGUGUAGUGUUUGUGUGAAUGAUACUGUGCACCUUCUAUAUAUGUUAGUAUUUAAAAGUUGCUUGUGAUGGGCUUUAGUUCAUCAUGUGACUUUUUUUUAUUUAUAUAUUUAUUUUCAUCGCCACCUGCUCUUAGUGUGUAUCAGUACAUUACAAAGUCGCAAAACAGAUUUCCGUACUUCCAUAGGUUGGUAUAUUAAAGGGGUCGUAUGAUGUUGCUAAAAAGAACAUUAUUUUAUAUAUUUGGUGUAAUGAAAUGUGUUUACGCAGUGUGAGGUUCAAAAACACGUUGAUUUUUACAAAGCUCAUCAUUCUGAAAAGCACAGUGUACUCGGAUUAGCCAUCUAUUCAGUGUGUUGUGACUGGCCGAAUACCUCAACCGUGUGACAGAAAUGUUACGCCGCUUAACCUUGUUGUGAUGCCAUGUCCGGGCAUGACAAGACAAAAACAAUAAAAUCCAUUAUUAAUUAGGUAUUUGUUGCACCCAGUGAGGACAUAAUUACUGAUUAUAAUGACUCAUACUGUCUUUUUAUGCGUUGCAUUGCAUCGUGCCGCAUAAACAAAACACCAUGUUUGCAUCUGUGAUUGUAGAAACAACAAACAAGCACUGCUCUACACUGCUCAAAACUCACGUUUGAAUAGCCACUAGCAAAUUCUUUAAAUAUGAAAAUGUACUUACAGGCUGUGAGUCAGAAGCGCCAGACUGUCCUUGCAAAGUUAGAAUUUCCCUACUUUAUAGUGUGUACAGCUGGCAUAUUGUACGCUUCUCUCCCAGGUUCAGGAGACAGUCCUCCGUAAAAUGCACUGCACAUGCGUUGUAUUGUUCUGUUCAUGUUGUAAAUAUAACUUAACCACUGACUUCUAGUUGUGUACUCAUUUGGAAGGCCAAACAAAGUACUUUCACUUUUGCAACGAAACACAUUUAGAAUUCAUAGCUGCAACAAUACUGCAGUAAGAAUAAAAGUUACGCCUUCUUUGUUUACGUAUACAUUUGGGUGGUAUUAUGCAAAUCUUCCCACACCAUGACGUGGACAUGUGGGGGUGUGUUUGAAUGAGCCAUUUUAGGAAGGUGGGGCUGAGUCUUAACUUUUAUAAAGAAUAUCUCUUUUGGUUUGAGACUUUGUAAUACUCCAAAGACAAAGGAAAACACAAAAUCGCAUCAUGUGACCCCUUUAACAUUAUAUCAAUAAAUACAAUUCCGGUAUUUAAAUGUAAAUUUAAAUAAAUCUGUAAAAUCUAAAAUGUUGCUACCAUAUUUUUUACGGUAAAAUUCUGGCAACCACAAAAACUGUGGAACGAUGUCAAUACAACUUUUCAAGUUUAGAUCCACCAAUGUUAAUACACUCUCCUGUCUGAUUUGUUUGUCAGACAAAAUGGUGGAUUCUGUGAUUGGUCAGAUCGCCUGUCAAUCAAGCUGUUUGCGAAAGGUCAGUUGUAGAAAGAAAAAACACAAACAAGACAGUUGUUGCAAUAUAAAGUUGUUGGUAUAAAAUGAAUGUGGAUAGCAGCUCAGAUUUUUGACCUUGAAAAGCAACUAUAUAACGUGGAGCAUUUUUAGAGCAUUUGCUCCAUUUUCAAUGCAUUUAAUCUUGUCAGUCAUGCUUGGGAAAUAAUAAUAUGGAAAUAUUCAAGAGAUAUUCUCUUUGAUUUUUCUUUCCAACUGCGUUGAAAUGAAGCUCCUCGUUGACUCUCAUAGCUGUUGUCUGCCUGGGGUUAUUAGUUUCUUGUUUAUCUUGAAGAUUCUGAAUGGUGUGAAGUUUAUUGCACUGCCACUGCUGCUCACACUGCCGUCACACUCAAUCUCUGCAGGCUUGCUUUGGUUUUGCUCAAUAAAUACAAUCCAUGCAACAGAAAGGAACGUGAGAGAGGAAACAGAGAGACUUGUUUUCAGGGGCUUUUGGGUUUUGAAUGUGUCAAUCUUCAUCUUCCACUGUGAAUUAGCAGUAAAUGCUAAGUUGCACAGAUCUGUCUAUUGCAGGGGUUCUCAACCACAUCCCUGGAGCCCCACCAACACUGCAUGUUUUCCGUGUCUCCUUAAUCAAACACACCUGAUUCAGAUCACCAGCUCAUUAGAGACUGCAAGACCUGAAACGGGUGUGUCAGACAAAGGAGACAUGCAAAAUGUGCAGUGUUGGGGGAACUCCAAGAACAUGGCUGGGAACCACUGGUCUAUUGCACUAUUUACAUAAUUGGUUUAAUCCAUGGAUUGUGACCAUACUGGCCCAACUGUGUUGUGUUGUCACAUUUGAGAGCCCGAAAAGUGAACUUUUGGAUGCACCUUUUUGUAUUUGUUGGUUUUCAUACUUUUAUUUUUCUGUCUAUGGAAGCCUUAAACCAAUUUUUUUGGACACUUUAGCAAAUAGUAGAUUGAUCGCCAUCUUGGAUUUGUGAUGAAUAAUCAUGCCGCUUACAAAUCUUUAGAUCAGGUAAAGGGAUAGUUCACCUAAAAACUAAUAUUGUGAUCAUUUACUCACCCUCAUGUCAUUCCAAACCAAUUUGACUUUCUUUUGUGGGACAUUUUGAGACAGUCAGUGGGUUCCGAUGUUGUUUGGUUCCCAACGUUCUUCAGAAUAUCUUCUUUUGUGAUCCACAGAAAAACAGACAGAUUUGGAACCACGCGAGGGUGAGUAAAUCAUUUUAUCAUUUAUUUAUUUUUAUUGUUUUUUUUUUUUUUUUUUUUUUUGGGUGGACCAUGCAUUGCAUUCAAGAAAAACUGACUGAAUGAUUUGGUGACAGUACAACCUACUGGCCAAGAGUAUUUGCUUAUAACUUUUAAACAAUUUGGCCAGAAGUUAAAGUAUUUGGCCUCUUGAUACCUUGAGUCAUUCUACCAUUCUUAAUUUUCAUGUAAAUUUUUCAACACUAUGGGGUACCAAAAGAAAACUUGUUACCUUAAGCUCAAAAAUGAAAGAAUGAAAACACCAAACUAUGGUAAUAAUUACUGAUACCAUGUCUUUAAGCUACUUGAGUAGUUCUGGGCCAAAAUCUACUAAGUUUGCUUCUGUUCCUAUGAAUUUAUUAAAAUUCCCUCCAUAUUUGUCUCUGAUUAUUUCAGAACAUGUUGGAUAAAAGCUAUUCCAUGAAAGUUUUGUGUUCAAAACCUUUUUUCUGUGACUGUCUGUUGAUUAAGAGAUCGGAAGGUGGUUGGUCCAGUCCUAAAUUUAUUUACUAGCCCAGUUUUGCAAAUGUAAAUCAAAUUCCUUCAGCGCUUGACCUCGUAAUUGCUGCUUUCAGCAUUGUUAUUUAUUAUUUAUUGUUAUUAUUUGAACCAGUUUUGUCUGCUUUUGUUUAUUAGCAACCAACAUGUUUGCCAUUGAAUUUCCCUGCAGCUUAGGUCCUUUAAGCACAAAAAAACGUUUUAAUAUUGAAUCCCUACAUGAGCCACAGACAUGUGACACAGUGAAUGUACAUGGAGUGAUGUAGAUUUCUUGUUCAUUGUGUCUGCAACCACAGUGACAAUUUUCAUGGUUACAGACGGGUUACUCGUCCAACCAUCUGGUAGACUUUCACCUGCGGUGAAAGUCCAAGAGCUCUCUAUAGUCGAAGGCCGUAGGUACCUCUCUUAUUUUAGGGUCGUAUGAGAAAAAGAAAACACUCUGUGUGAACUUGGUUAUGUGAGAGAAUAAAAAGCACUUCUAGACUGCUGUUUCCUGCGUGUGGUUUUUAGGAUGAAAAGGAAGUAGUAUGAAUGGAGCAACAGCAAAAUGAGCGUCUGAAUGAGUCGGGUUUUGGUGGAUGGUGCCACCCUGAUCGUCCAGACCACCCACCCGAUGCUGUGAAAGAUGUGUUAGUGUUUAACUUCAUGUCUGAACUUACACUUGCUUUCAUGUCGUGAGUGUUAAAUGUACGCCAUUCUUCUUCCCGUUGUGAUGAAGUGGAUGACAAUCAGAAAUAUUUGCAGUCAGAUUAUAUUAAUCUCAUUCACACCCAACAUAUUUUCCAUUCAGAAGUGCACACAGACACAAACAACCCUAAAGCCAGUGUUUUGGUUCUAACAAAGCAUUUUACUCAGUUGUAAACAGUGCAUCAGUUCAGACUACUGAGACUCAUUGUACAAAGAAAAAACACUUACCUCUGUUACAUGCUAUUACAAAUAAUACUAAUUUACUUUGUAUUUUAGAUCCACAUAAAAUGACC